UAAAUACUGUAUAUAUCCUGUAUGUAUAUGAGUAUGGCCUGUGUGCUGGUACAGGGAGGUUAUAACCUGCAGUCGACAGCAGAGGGCGCUGCAGCCUGUGUCAGAGCUCUGCUAGGAGGAGCCUGUCCUCCUCUGACUCCGCCCACCGCUCCAUCUGACAGCGCCCUGCAAUCAAUCUCUCAGGCGCUCUCUGCUCUGUAUCCUCACUGGGCCGCUCUGCAGACACUCGAGGGCGGCCUCUUGGCUGAGGGGCGUGUCAACAGAGCAACAACCAAUAAGCACAGCGCAAAACAGAGCGACCCCGCCCCCUCUGUUUCCACGACAACAGGUCUGGUUUAUGAUGAGAGGAUGAUGGAGCACUUGAACCUGUGGGACAGACAUCACCCUGAGCAGCCUCAGAGGAUCUUUAAAAUCUUCUCCAAACAUCAGCAGCUGGGCUUGGUCGAUCGUUGCAAACGGAUACCGGUGCGCUUAGCAACAGAGGAGGAGCUGUCCAGGUGUCACAGUGUGCAGCACAUAGAGCAGAUAAAGGCCACAGCAGGGAUGAAGCCCAGAGAUCUGCACAAACUGGGAAACGAGUUCAACUCCAUCUACAUCAACAACCAGAGCUUCCAGUGCGCCAAGCUGGCUGCAGGGUGCUGCUUCAGCGCCGUGGAGACCAUCCUGUCGGGACAGGUAACACGCACAGAAACACACAGGUAACAUACA